AUGAACCAACUUCAAAUCGAAGAACUUCAACGUAAGUUGUAAAAAUUGCAACUUGAACGAAUGAAUGAGGAUUCAUCGGAUGAGGAGCCAACAUUUUAGUCUGUUUAAGGAAAACCUAAUGAUAAAUAACUUUUCUAAAAUCUCUCGAUAGAUAGUUUUGAGGUGUACACAACUUUGGGCACUGGCACUUUUGGACGUGUAAAACAAGUUCGCAUAAAACGUGAUCCAAGUCGACAAGUUUAUGCUUUGAAAAUAAUGAAGAAACAUGACAUCAUUAAAUUAAAAUAGGUGGAUCAUAUCAAAUCAGAAAAGAAUAUUUUGAAUGAAAUCCAGCAUCCAUUUUUAGUGUAAUUAAAAGGCUCAUUUUAAGACGCGAAAUGCAUUUAUAUGUUGUUUGAAUUUGUAUCAGGAGGUGAAUUGUUUUCUCGAUUGAGAAAAGAUGGCAGAUUUAGUUAGGAUAUUACAUUGUUUUAUGUAUCGGAGAUAUUACUGGCAAUUUAACAUUUGCACAGAAAGGACAUUGUUUAUAGAGACUUAAAGCCUGAGAAUUUGUUGAUUGAUAGGGAAGGACACAUUAAAAUAGCAGAUUUUGGAUUCGCAAAAAAGAUUAAAAACAAUCAUACUUAAACCUUGUGUGGUACGCCUGAAUAUUUGGCUCCUGAGUUGAUUUAAGGAGCAAAAACAGGAUAUGGAAAAUCUAUUGAUUGGUGGGCUUUAGGAGUAUUGAUUUUCGAGAUGUUAGCAGGUCAUCCUCCUUUUUAUGAUAUUGAGCCAACAAAUAUCUAUAAGAAGAUUUUAAAUGGCAUUAUAGAGUUUCCAAAGUUCUUACACGUCAGGGCCAAAGACGUUAUAAGGAAAUUACUAAAUUCAGAUGUUAAUAAGAGAUUGGGAUUAAAUUAGGAAGGGGCAGCUUUGAUGAAUCACAAAUUCUUUAGGGGUGUUCCAUGGCAAAAGGUUUUUGAGAAGAAAAUCCAGCCUCCAUGGAUACCUUUUUUAAGAAAUGAAACAGAUUCUCAAUGGUUUGAUAAGUAUCCAGAGGAAAGAGAUGACAUUCAACCAAUUGACGAUGAAAAAUAACAUAUGUUUGAUGAUUUUUGA